AUGGUGAACGUUACCUUCACUGACUCUGGAGACCUCGUCAACAAUUUCGCUGGACCAGAUGAGGUCCCCGUGUAUAACGUGGGCGAUAUCGCUUGGGUCUUGACUUCAACGGCAUUGGUAUGGAUUAUGAUUCCUGGCGUCGGAUUCUUCUAUUCCGGCCUGCUAAGACGGAAGAAUGCUCUAUCGAUGCUGUACUUGAGUAUGAUAACCAUGGCCGUGGUAUCAUUCCAGUGGUUCUUCUGGGGCUACUCAUUAGCGUUCAGUGACACGGGCAGCAAAUUCAUUGGGGACCUCCGUUACUUUGGCAUGAAGGGCGUAUUGGAUCAACCUUCGGCCGGAAGUACUCGUGUGCCAGCAUUGGUCUUUUCCGUAUACCAAUUGAUGUUUGCAGCCAUCACGCCGAUGCUUGCUGUUGGUGCAUUCGCGGAGCGCGCACGACUCGGUCCCGCUAUGGCCUUCGUAUUCUUCUGGUCUACUCUCGUCUACGACCCCAUCGCCAACUGGACAUGGAACCCCAAUGGAUGGUCCUAUAUCAUGGGUGGCCUCGACUUCGCCGGUGGAACUCCCGUCCAUAUUUCAUCAGGAACAGCCGCCCUAGCUAUCUCUAUCUACCUCGGAAAACGCACCGGAUAUGGCAGCGAACGCCUUGCCUACAAGCCACACAACACGUCGUAUGUCGUCCUAGGAACGGUCUUCCUCUGGUUUGGAUGGUUCGGCUUCAAUGGUGGAUCGGCUCUGGCUGCUAACCUCCGGGCGGCCAUGGCAUGUGUUGUCACCAAUCUCGCGGCCAGCGUCAGCGGAUUGACCUGGAUGCUGUGGGACUACCGUAUCGAACGCAAGUGGUCAACCGUGGGUUUUUGCUCCGGAGCCAUUGCUGGUCUUGUGGCCAUCACACCAGGCUCUGGAUUCGUAGGCGCACCCGCUGCCGUCCUCUUCGGCUUCAUGGCCGGCACCCUCUGUAACUUUGCUACCCAGCUCAAGUUCGUUUUCGGUUACGACGAUACCCUAGAUGUGUUUGCGUCUCAUGCUGUUGGUGGAGUCGUUGGAAACCUGCUUACCGGUCUCUUCGCUCAAGCAAGCGUGGCCGGCGCCGAUGGGACCAUUAUUGAUGGCGGAUGGCUUGACCACCAUUACAUUCAACUGGCUUAUCAGCUAGCUGAUUCUGCUGCCGGCAUGGGCUACUCUUUCGUCAUGACAACGAUCAUCUUAUGGAUCAUGCAUUUCAUCCCCGGCCUCCGCCUCCGCGUCGACGAAGAUACCGAAAUCGUCGGCAUCGACGACACGGAAAUGGGCGAAUACGCUUACGACUAUGUUGGACAAGAAGUCGAGCUCAGCACCGCACCCGAAAUCCCUUACGCCUCCAAAGAGUCGACAUCAUCAACCUGA